AUGGAAAUACCAUCUUCAAAGGUGAUCGAGAUCACCGUCAUAUCCGCCGAGGAUCUCCUCCUCCGCCGAAAACAGCCCGCCACGAAGAAUCUCUCCGUCACCGUAAGCAUUGACCCAUUCAACUCCAGGAAGACGGGUCGGGCCGACCCGAACGGCCCGGGCCGGUUCCCUGCAUGGAACGAGCGGCUGGUCAUGGACCUACCAUCAAAAUCCCGGUUCAUCACAACCGAGGUCCGCGCCGGAGAGAGAACGGUCGGGGUGGCGAAUAUUCCGGUGGCAGACUUCGACGGCGGCCACCUGCCGGAGAAUUAUCUCAGUUUUUUGAGCUACAGGCUGAGGGACGGCCGGGGUGAGAAGAACGGGAUCGUGAAUUUGUCGGUGAGGGUGGUCGGCGGAGGGGGGAGGGGCUGCGGGGCGAGUUGUCCGCGGCCGUGGAUGGAGUUUUCGGCGGCUGACGGGAAGGGCUCCAGCGGGGUUGUGACGGGGAUCCCGGUUUUGUACAGAUACUGA